AUGCAGGUUAAAUGUUUCCUCUCUCUGGUCUACAGCUUUGACUCUAAAUGGACUCCGCUAGACAGAUGCAAACAAACGCGCCUCACUUCCUGUGACGUCAGUGCGGAGCAACAUCGGGAGGAGUUCGGAUGUCUGCGUGUUCGCGUCGCUGAUCGGAGAAACGGAGAGAAACCUGUGGAAGCCUGCAGCAGAGAAGGUCAUCCAUGUUCUCCUGACGUCUCGCUGAGCGUCUCUCCCGGAUCCCUCACUGUUCUUCUGCACAGAAACCCACCUCUGCAUGCGGAAUACGCCAAUAACUUCAAACACAGGAUCACCUUCAGGAAGGAAGGAGAAGAGCCUGAGGAACCGGUGGACGAGUUCGCCUCGCGGGACUUUGACGACCUGGAGGCGGGUCAGCGGUACUGUGUUCAGGUGCAGUUUGUUCUGUAUGGGAGGAAUCUUCUGGGUCCGCCCAGCUGUGAGCAGUGUGAGACCAUCCCUGCCUCCGACCCCGACCCCAGUAAGAUCCUGAGCUCUACCGGUCCUCAUGUCACAGCUGUAUCCAAAACGACCCAGAUCGUCGUGGUUUCCAUCGUGGUUUCUGUGAUCUUCCUGUUGGUCGGCUUCGCCUACAUCCACCUCUUCAAAUCCAGGAAAAUCAAAGAGUGCCUCCAGCCCCCGUACACCAUCCCAGGGUUUUUCCAGGAUCUCCCUCCGGUGCGCGACCCUGCCUACCUGGCUGUCAAUCCCUCUGAGGAAAACUACGACGUGGUUUCCAGUGUGAUUCCAAAGCAGCCUAGAGGAGUCUGAGCUGGACCAUCGCCGCCGUGCGGCUGCCUGGA